UCGAACCGCAGCUCUUGACCAUUGCGCUCUCAAAGCCGACGUCUGACCACUCAACCCUCAGAAAGGACACUUGCCUCUCCAACGCGCACUCGCGACCCACGCGCAGGAAUACACGCUCGUUCCGCGCAUACAGCUGCACAGCGCCCGCCCAGAAUGAUGAAGACGGAGGGAGGCUCGCCGUCCUUUGGCGAAGGCGGCUACAUGGACGACGAAUUCUAUGAGGACACUGGCGAACUCUCACUGCCGCGUGAAGGCGAGAAGCACGUCAUGAUCGCCCGCAUCCCGGACUGGCUAUACGACCACCUCACGACCUGGGACAAGUUCCUCGCGCAACCUGGCGACGACAAUGAGAAGAUCACCCUCGGCGAGGUCUUGUCUCUGCCCCCGGACAACGCUUACGACCGGAACAAAGCUCAGAAGGAUGGAAAGAAGCCGUCAGUCAAGCGGGAAGGCCCGCCAGAACCACCGUCCAUGCGCAUCUUCUUCAACAGCGACUGGAACAAAGUGACCAAGCUCCCGACCGCCUACGAGAUCGAGGGCCAGACCGUCAACGAAACUCUGCUGAAGAACACGUACGUCUUCACCGAGAAAGACCUUCCCGGGUACAAGCACAACGGUGCCGGACAAAACAAGGCCAACCCCUCCAACGGCGCGGUGCAAGACCCCAAAGCGCGCGUCAAGAAGAGCAAAUACAAAAAGGCCAUCCCCAAGCAGACGGCCCUAAUCGGCAGCGUCAACACGCAGUACCUCGCGAAGCCGCUCAACACGGCCGAAUUCAUCGCCUUCAACACGGCGCGCACCAAAGAAGCCAUCCAGGGCCGCAACUCGAGCACCAACAUCAUGACCGAGAUCGUCGACGAGGUCACCGUCAUGAACAACCUGCAGAACCACUUCGACGGCUUCGUGCGCCCCGAUAAGAAGCGCAAGUCCCAGCAGAACAAGUUCGCCCGCCUGCCCCGCAACGAGCUCAUCGACAUCCUGCACGCCGCCUUCGACAACCACAAGUACUGGCCCAUGCGGGCGAUCAAGCAGCACACCAAGCAGCCCGAGGCCUAUCUCAAGGAGGUCCUGCCGUCGCUGGCCGUCUUGAUCAAGAGCGGCCCCUUCGCGAGUUACUGGAAGAGAGACGAUUCCUACGAUCGACCGUCUCUGCAUGAUGGCAUAGCCGAUAUCAAGAUUGAAGAGGAGGAGGACGACGAGGAAGACGAGGAAAUGGAAGAUGUGGUUUGAGACGGUGUCGAUGGGUGAGCGUUUUAGCUUGCAUCGGGAUGGCGUUUGGGAUUUGUGUGGGCGUCGAUCAUUCGGCUGCUCCUUUGCGGUAUCAGCAUCCGUGCGGAGUUUUGGGUUUUCUUAUUAAAUUCGUCACUCCCGUCGUGGGAUAGUCUCGAGAUUGUGUAGGAUAGGCGGCGGGGAUUCGUUGUGCGGUCAGGAAUACCCAAUGAAAACAUCACCAACC